GUAAACAUUGGGAGUUGGUUCGCAAAGCUCUCAAAGCAACUAGAAUGUUCAUGAGUCAUCUGGGAAGAAUUGUUAGUCAUUCAGCAAGUUCGUGUAAUUGUAGGAGGGGUUGAAGGCAGUCAGUUUCUUCGUGUAUGUUGAUUGAAUCACACGUCCACUUACAGGUGGAAGACAUAAAUAGAUAGGUGAGUAAGCGGCGUGCUGGCAUUCAUCGGUGCCUGACUGAGCACUACGAAUUACGAUCGAUUGAUUCAUCGCGGAGCAAGAUCAUCACUAUAAACAACGACUUCACCCACCAGAAUGGUGUCUGUUGAGAGGGGACGACCACCUGAAAACAACUCAAAUUCAAGGAGGAGAUUGAGAACAUUUCCUCACAGACUUCAUAUUGAUCCUGACCUGGCAUUCACCUCACUAGCAGAUUCCUUUUUUGAAGAUAUGGCUGGGGGCCCUGCACUCCUCAACCCCAUGUUUCCAUCUCCCUCCUCAAGUUUCUUCCAUUCUAUGUGGGAUGACAUAAGACCAGCUCGUCGACGGUACCGAGUGACUAGUCCUUCAUCUCCUACUUGGUCCAGACCAUCAUGGGCCUCCCCUAAGUAUGAAACUCUUCGGUCACCAAGUCCUCCCGGCAAGGUCAUCCCCAUCAAGGUUGAGCACAUAACAGAGAGCAGAACACCAGAUACGAAUAAAAAGUGGAUUAAUCCAUCAGUGGUAACGAGUUCGUCAAAAUCUGAACCUCCUAUUGUCGUAGACGAUGAACCUGUCGAGGUGCCAAUUAUUUAUAAAUCUGCCUCAGCAGAUCGCUCUUGUCCUGGUAUAUCCAGCCACCGAAGAUUCAGUAGAAAUGUUUGUGAUUCGGAUAGUACUGUGUCAGUUUCUCCAAUCAAGAUUGAAGAGGAUGUCAUCAUUAACAAGUCGUCCGUUCAGUCGCUAGGUGCCCGGCGCAGUCUCUUUACACACAGCAAAACGUUGGGGGAUGAAAGGUCAAAACACACUCUGAGAGAUAAAUCAUAUGAAAUGAACAUAAGUAACAACAGUUCAGGGAAUGACAAAGACAGUGAAAGGUUAAGCCGAGAGACAAGUUCCUGUUCCAUAAGUAACGCUAUCUCAGUUGAUGACAUUGAAGUUGACGUCUCUAGUGCUGUAGAGAAACCAUCUGAGCUGUCCCAACCAUUCAGUUCAAGUAGUGAUCCAUCGCCAUCAGUCAGCAAAACAAGCACAGAAGAUGAUGAGAAAGAGGUCAAUCCAGCACCCAGUUAUCCUGUGUAUGAUAUUUUGAAAGACAAACUUGCACAGGAAAAUCGUCAAAUUGACUAUAUUCGAGGUGAUGGGAACUGCUUCUUCCGGGCUCUGAGCAAGCAACUGUAUGGCAGUGAGCGCUUUCACAAAACGAUACGCAGCUUAAUUGUGGACGUGAUUGCCACCAACAAGGACAAAUUUGCCCAGUUUGUGGACGGAGAGGAUGUGCAGACUCAUGUAAUGCGAAUGGCUGAGGAUCACAGCUGGGCCACAACCUGUGAGAUCUAUGCAGCUGCCACUUUGCUGCAAAGAGACAUCUACAUGUUGACACCGAAUCACCGCAACAUCAAGUACUCGUGGCUGCAUUUUCGCCCCGUGUUUGCAUUAAGUACAGACUCGGUUGAGGUGAGCCAUCACCCAUGUUACAUCUCACUGUGUAACACAAAUGGUAACCACUAUGACCGUGUGGUGGCGGAUCAUGGUGGCUGUAACUGUUUCCUCCCCCAUCCAGAGAUGGAUGGUGUUAGUUUCAGUGUUGAUCUCACUUCAUGAUGACAGCCCAUGACAGCGUAACUUAUGAAAGAACUUUUUCCUGGCAGAGAAGUUCAGUAUGGAACACCAGGCAGCUUUUUCUUGAGGAACCAUGUCUCUCUUUACUUACUCAGUUCAUUCAAGCGAAAAAGAAUUAGUUCUUCUAAGCUCCACUUCACUGUGUUUAUUUUUGUUUUUGCUAUUUAAUGACAGUGUGUUUUUGUAUGUGUAUUCUUUCGUGAAUCGGGAUAUAUUUUUUCAAGCCUUACUUGUCAUAGUCAUAUAAAAACUAAGUGAUAUUGAAGUUCAUUUCAGUUGACAGGACUUGAUGGUUAUUCUGCACAAUCUACCUUCAGUUGUGGCUUCAUAAUAAAUAUAUGAGUUGAAAUGUUGGCAUGUUUUGCUUUAAAUAAAUAUGAAAUUUUUACUUAUACUUCCGAUCCACAUGAAUUCCCCUUCCGCUGCUCUUCCUGAUUUAUUUCUACCUGUGUGACCUUAUGCUUGCCUUUGGCCUUGAUUGUAAAAUGAGCGGCUAAUGUAAUAUGUUCUUUUCACACGUUUUACUUUUUAUGUAUAGUCUGUUCCAAUCAGGCAUAUCCAAUGUCUUUCAUCAAGAGAGGAAAGAGUAGGCCUAGAUGUACUGUAAAACUUGCUUCAUUUAAUGG